CGCUAUAGAGCACACAGAAGAGAAGCAACCAUAUAUACACAGAAAAUAGACGGCAAAAAGCAACCAACCUGAUCCUUCUCUUCCGUUAAUUCUUUCUUCUUCGUCAUCAUCCUCUCAGCUGCAGAGAAUAAUGAGUGUAUAUUGUGAAUUUGGUUUAGAUUGAAUUAAGGAAGGGAUUGAUAUAGCUGAGAGGGUUUGGGAGUUUUUUGAUUGUUUCGGAUACGGAAAGGCGGCGGUUGGAUGGAUAUUGCAGAUGAUUUGACUUUUCGGAUUAUAUUUUCGGGUGAUGGAGCUGGACGGUUGCGUGAUCGAGUUAAGGAAAAGCUUAAGGAGUUUAUGGGAGACUAUACUGAUGAUACUCUUGUGGAAUAUGUGAUUGUUCUGCUGAAAAAUGGCAGGCGCAAAGAAGAAGCAAGGAAUGAGUUGAAUGUCUUUUUGGGUGAUGACAGUGACUCUUUUGUAUCUUGGCUGUGGGAUCAUUUGCGAUCAAAUUUAGACCUAUAUGCACAAUCAAAAGAAUCUCAUCCAGCUGAAGUUGUCAAACAGAAACCACAGUCUGAAUUAGAGGGGAUAAAAUCUGCUGAUAAAUUAUCCAAUAAGAGUCGAAGAAACAAAGAUUGGAAAGGGGUUAUAAGAGAUCCUGAUGAACCCCCUCCACUUCGCAGUGCAGUCAUUGCCAAUGUCCACAAGAAACGAUCAGUUUCGCCUCAACCACCAAUUUAUAGAAAAAGAGGCCGGAGUGUUGAAAGAAAUCAAGUUGAUGAAAGAGCUCAAUCUGAUGUCAGAUCAGGAGCCAAGAGAGAAGAGGUUACUAAAUCAAGCCUAGGGGCCUCACGAAGGCUACUGCAAUUUGCAGUUCGAGAUGCAGUUGCAAUGAAUAGGUCCCCUGGUUUGACUUCUGAGCCAUCAUUUAAGCGUUUGCGUUCUGUAGUUUCUACACCCAUUGAGGACUCUCCACUUGAAGGUCGCCGUCCUAAGAUCCGUUCAGUUGCAAGAGUGCCUAAUGCCAUGACUGUUGCCAUUAAAGCUGUAGCAGAUGCUGCUAGAGAUGUUUCUAAAGUGAGAACUUCAGGAAAUGUGUUUGACCGUCUUGGCCGUAGUUCGGAUAUAUCAGAUCCCACUGACGCAUUUACGAAUGAUGAUGAAAAACACGGAGGUUUUACUCAAGCUACAGUUGAUAAUGUUGUAACUUAUCCUGAGCAAUAUGUUGAGGAUAUUCCUAUGCUGGAACAUGAUGCAGGAUUAGCUUCUGACUUUGCAUAUAACAUAGAUCAUACGAUUAAAACGGAUAAUUCUCAUAUUGGUAAAUCAGGUGGGCAUUUCGGUAGUCUGCAUUACAAUGCAAAGCGUGUUGUGGAUGGAAAACCUCACAAGUUACACAGAGAUCAGGAUACUCCUGUUAUGAUGGCUAAUUUCUCUCGUAAAAUGGUAGAUAUUUCUUCAGACAUUGAGAAUCAGAAACUUGUACAGGAGUCUGAGUUGGGUGCUGGCAACUAUAGAAAUCCUGUAAAUGUUAGCAAUGGAAACGGGGUACCAGCUAUACAUGCUCAAAAGGAGAUUCAGAAGACACUGCCAUCGACUGCAGGUGUAAAUUCUGCUGGUCGACCUACUGAAGAUGCGGAUUUACGCACUAUUUUUGUUAGCAAUGUCCAUUUUGGUGCCACUAAGGAUAGUCUUUCUCGGCACUUCAACAAGUUUGGGGAUGUGCUGAAAGUGGUUAUCGUGACUGAAACAGCAACUGGACAACCAAAAGGAUCAGCUUAUGUGGAGUUCAUGAGAAAAGAUGCAGCGGCAAAUGCUUUGUCUCUGGAUGGUACAUCCUUUAUGUCACGUAUUCUUAAGGUUGUAAUGAAAAGUCCUGCUCAACAAGAAGCUGCAUCUGUCACAAUGUGGCCUCGUGUUUCCCGGGCUUCCACAUUUACUGUAUCUAGAUUUGGUAGAGUUCCAUUCCCGAGAGGAAUCGUCAGUCCAUACAGAUCCCGUUAUCCGAUCAAAACAGGUGCUAGGAGCUUGCAGUGGAAACGUGAAGCUCAAAACCCAUCAUCUGAGACCAUCCAGAGCCCCACCACCAUCCCAUCUCCUACCACCCGAAGUCUUAUAUAUGUCCGAACUGAGAACAAGAUAGAUGGAAGUUCCAAUGCCGCCUGAACUUCAGCUCCUGGCAAUGCAAUUAUUCACAGAUGUGGAUCUCAUGAAAAAGUGGUAAAUAUGGACUUCAUUUUUAGUUGAUGGUCAAGUGCAUGGAAGGCUUAGUGAUGGUGGUGUAAUGAGUUCUUAGGGUUAGUGGCAGUUUCUGGGCGGAUUAUUUUUGGUAUUCUCUUUUUUGGGUCUAAUUAGUUUUUUUUGGUUGGCGUGGAAAGAGGGAUUUAGUUGGGUAAUGUUUUGAGUUAAUGUAAUAAGAUGAUGCCUACGGGACCAUAUUUGUACGUCAACAGAUAUUGAUUACUUGAAAAAGGCAAGUCCUACCAAAAACAUGUAAAAGAAAAAAAAGAGAAGGGAAGUAAGAAUGAAACACAAAGAAAAGAAGAAAAAAUUGAAUUAGGACAUGCUGUUUUUGCCCUUUUUUCUUGUCUUGGUUGAUGGUUAUAUACUCCAUUUGUUUCUUUUUUAUGAUUUGGAAGAAGUUAAAUCGAAUAAUUAAACAGGUACCAUAUCAUUUGUUGAA